AUUUUCUCUUGCUAAGGAUUUCAGGAUCGAGAAUCCGAUUUCUCUAGUGUUGCGUUCCCUUUCCUCGUCUUUCACCAAAACUCCAGCUUUGUCUUUCGAUUCUCCCAGCUCUCGGUUGCAGAGGGCUCGAUUUCGAUCCAAUCAUGGCGAACAGGCACACGAUUAUUUUGAUGCAGACAUCUCAGAACAGAGCAACAAGAACAUUUAUGGACUUCGACUCAAUUAGCCAAGCGAUGGAUGGUAUAUGUGGCUUGUAUGAGAGGAAACUCAAGGAGCUUAAUCCUACCAUCCGAAACAUCACUUAUGACAUUGCUGAUCUCUACAACUUCAUCGAUGGCCUUACUGAUCUGAGUGCAUUGAUUUAUGAUCACUCAAUCCAAGCUUACUUACCCUAUGAUCGGCAGUGGAUAAAGGAACGAACUUUCAAGCAUCUAAAGAAGUUGGCUUCUCACUAAAUAUUCGAAAACUCUGUAUUCACUACUAGUGUGCGGCCUAGAAGUGGUUUGUGACAUGUGGAAUUACUACUGUUGUGAUGUUGCUGCUAAAAGCUUCAAAUUUCGGCCAUGACUUUGAUUGCCAAGUAUUUUAUACCCUAUGAAUGUGGAUAUGUGAUUUGUUUCUCGUCUGCUAAUAUUUUGGACAAUGGAUAAAUAGAGGGCUUUUACUGUGUUUUACUUC